AUGUCUGAGCUUGCUCCCUACAAGGCCGAGUUCCUGCGCGCGUCCAUAAAUGGCGGCCCGCUGUCGUUUGGCUCGUUCACGCUCAAGUCGGGUCGCCAAUCGCCGUACUUCUUCAACGCCGGCUCCUUCUACCGCGCCGACCUGCUCUCGGCCAUUGCAACGGCCUUUGGUGAGACCGUUGCCGCUGCCGACAAGGAGGGCGUCUUUAGCAACACGGAGAGCAAAGACACCUCCCAGCCCGCCUUUGACGUCGUCUUCGGUCCGGCAUACAAGGGCAUCCCGCUGGCCACGGCCACCGUCGGUGCGCUAGCCGCCCUCGACAAGGAGCGCUACGGCAGCAUUGGCUAUGCCUUUGACCGCAAAGAGGCCAAGGACCACGGCGAAGGUGGCAACUUCGUCGGUGCGCCGCUGGCCGGCAAGCGCGUUGUGAUUGUCGACGAUGUGAUUACGGCGGGCACCGCCAAGCGCGAGGCUGUGGCCAAGAUCCGGGCCGCGGGUGGCCACGUCGUGGCCAUUGUGGUGGCGCUGGACCGAAUGGAGACGCUUCCGGACGCGCCAACCAAGGAGAGCGCGCUGGGUGCGCUGCGCCGCGAGUUUGGCCUCCCGAUCCUGGCCAUCCUGACGCUGGACGACAUUAUUGCCGGCAUGCGGGCGUUUGCCACGGCGGACGACCUGGCGCGCACCGAGGCGUACCGGGCGCAGUACAAGGCGGAGGACUAG